CGCUGGUCCCAAUGGGAACAAUUACGCUAGAAUACGCUAGAAUGAUAGCACACAGCUUGAAGCUACUAUAAUUCGCUGGUUUUCUCUAUUUAACUUUGGAGGUUGUCGAUCGCUCCUAUUGCAUGAGAUGAUCUACCAUCCAUCGCCCUCUGUUCAGCUCUAUGGUCGGAUCUCAACGCGUGGUGGGGCUGUGGGCUGACCGACCACGUCGAGGGGCAAGAUAAGAAGGACGUUAUGGACACCGAUAUGGGUAGCUAAAAGAUAUAUAGCCUGUUAAUCUCCCUAAGUAUUUUGGUUUCACCAACAGUCUCCGCUGUGAGAUCACAGGUGAACUGUUUCGGGCAUUACUUCAGAAAUUGAACAGGUCACUUAUCAUUUGGAUCACAAUGAUUAUCAAUCCGACAAAUUUGAUCACGGAUAACAACGAUUACUAGACACGACCCUUCCUCAUGGAUUUCCCAAGAGGCUGGAAUCCAGUAUGGCCUGGGAAGGAAAGGAUAUUUCCCUGGAUCACGCUCUCGGUGGCGGGGCUCCAUACUUGUUGAUUCUGGAGGGUCCACAAUUGGCCGAGAUCGAUGCGGCGCUCAGAUACUUCCAAAGUUUGGCUCAGCCAAUGGAAAUUCUUAACCCGUCAACGUUUCCUCUGCCGGGUUUGUGGUCGAUUCUCCGGUCUGUAUCGGACAAUCUUCAUUCGGACUAUGGCUUUACUCUCAUUCGUGGAGCACCAGUGGAACGCUAUACCCGCGAAGAGAACAUGAUCAUUCAUGUCGGAAUCUCAUCCCACAUUGGCGCCAUGCGAGGCCGCCAAGACCAUCAAUUUAAGGGCCAGCCAGCGGACGUGAUGCUGGCCCACAUCACCGACAUGCGACGCCCGAGUGGGGAGCAAAAUUACGCCCUGGCAGCAUAUACCGACAGUGAAGUGGUAUUCCACACGGAUGUGGGGGAUAUCGUGUCGCUCUUCAUGCUUAGCGAGCCAGCAAAUGGCGGUGAAAGUCUCCUUGCGAGUGGAUGGACAGUGUACAAUGCAUUGGCCGAGACCCGCCCGGAUCUAGUCCGCGUUUUGGCAGAGGAUUGGCCGAUCCCUAGUGCACAGGAACCUGGUCUCAUUAAGCACAGACCGCUUCUGUUUUAUCAGCCUGCCAGAGGUUCAACUCCAGAACGAAUUAUCUUGCAAUUCUCACGGCGCUCAUUCUCUGGGUUUGGAGCCCACUCCCGGCUAAACAGACUCUCUCCCAUCCAGAUGGAGGCACUAGAUGCUCUCCAUCUUCUGGCCGAGAAGUCCCAUGUGGCAAUGGAGCUGAAAAAGGGCGAUAUGCAAUUCAUCAAUAACCUCAGUAUGGUCCAUGCUCGAAAUAGUUAUGUGGAUGGUCCAGAUAGUCGACGACACCUACUGCGCCUAUGGCAUCGUGAUCCUCAAAAUGCGUGGGCCACACCUGAGCCAUUGCGCAAUCGUGCAGAUCGGAUUUAUGCCGACAAAUUUCGACGCGGACCGCAGACUUUUUUUGUGGAUCCAAUCCCUAGACCGGUGGGGAAGGUUUAAACAGGAGUAAGAUGACAAUUGAAAUACAACCAAUAUGAGGGGUAGGUUGAGUGUUUUUCGUGAUUAACGUGGAUUAUCAGCUCGACAGCAACCUACUGGAGAUACGACAUUAUAACAUUUUUUCAAUGCUACAUCGUGUGAAACACUUGGUGAUGGCUUGAAUGGAUUAGAGGAUAUGGGCUAAUUCUGCUGAGCUCCACUGACUUGCGGCUGAAGUAAUGACUCAUUGAAUUUUUAAAAUUGGGUCCAUUCAGGGCUUUUUCGUAUAUCAGGGCCGGUAGAUGGACGAGAGAAAUGCUAUCGCGUAGCAUCCGGGAUAAAAUUGACCUGAAUAUACAUGGUGCACAUCACAGAUAUUUAACAAUAGCUGAAAAAACGGCAUAUAGAUGCCGAGUAUACUAUUACCGGCUAGGUCCACAUUGG